AUGUCGAACAAACGGGUCCGAGGACUAGCCAUUCAUCGGCCAAUCCUCUACGGAUCGACCUCGACACCCCUCACACCUGCAGAGAAGCUAGCAGCGCCACCAGACCACACGCACAAGUGGACCGUCGCGGUUCGCAGUGCAGCCUCCCUCCCUCUCCCUUCGCUCUCUGCCAUCUCAGGCGCGCCAAACAAUGCCAACUUCGAACAGGGCUCCGAGAUCGGCGCAGUCAAUGCUGCAGCUGGGUCUGCGACACCAUCGACUACCCCGGCAGCAGCAGGCUCAUCUGCCACCAUCUCGACACGCGGGCGCGACCAGGAACACGACUACCACAAGAUGGUCGGCAACAAGGACGACAUCUCCCACUACAUCAAGCGCGUUCAGUUCAAGCUGCACGACACAUAUCCGCAGCCAACACGGAAUGUCGAUCGUUUCCCGUUCCAUGUGACCGAGACAGGUUGGGGAGAGUUUGAGAUUCAGAUCAAAAUCUUCUUUGUCCCCGAGGCCAACGAGAAGCCUUUGACGCUGUUUCACCAUCUCAAGCUGCAUCCUUGGUUGCAGAAUGUGGCUGCUGUCGAGGCGGAACCGGCACCGCCAGCGAUACCACCAUCGAUGCCGCCAGCCGACACCUUGGAUCCGGCGGACACCUCGAUGGAGGCAGGCGACGACGGCGAGCAGAACGCUGCUGCUUCGACAAGCUCAAACGAGCCAAAGCAGGAGCCCGAGACAGACAGCAUGGACGUCGACACCAUUACUGCUCCGACAGCUCCGACAGAAGCCACGACAACUCCAGCCGCAGCUGUAAACACAAACGACGCAUCGACCACCGACGCGCCCAAACCCGCGCUCCCCCCCGUCGUCCACUCAUGGCAGUACGACGAGAUCGUCUUCCCUGAACCGAUGGAGCCCUUCUACGACAUCCUCUCCACACACCCUCCGACGCCCCUCCCCGUCGUGUCCGCACUAGCCUUCGCCGACCCCGCGGCAUACCGCUCCUACCUGUACGCCAAAGCGGACGCAGCCAAGAACCCGACCACCUCGGCCCCACCGCCGAUCCCCCCGCACCCACUGCACACGCCCACGGGCUACCUAUUCGACGCGCUCUCGCUCGAGGCGCAGAACGCCGAAGCCGACCGCAUCGACCUCGCGCGUGUCGCAGCGAUUCGAGAACUGGAAAAGGGCCGCGAGCAGCUGAUUCGGGCGGAGAAGUCGCUCAAAGAGGCCCGAAAUCGCAUUGCCAGUCUCAACAACGCCGCUCUCACUCAGACCAGCUCCACCGUUCAGUCCACAUCGUAG